AUGUGGUGGUGGCCACUUGGUGUUUUCAGCUGUGUGCUGCUGCUGCUGGCGGCGGUCGUCCUCUUCUUCCUGACCACCAGGAAACGCUACAAGGUGUUCAGCGAGAAGUGCUUGAGGCCUCCAGGACCCUUGGUCACAAAUAGCAAGCAGAGGGACCACAGGCUGAAGAGAGGGUUUCUUGUGGACCGCGUGCCCCCGGCUCUGGAUGCGGUGGUGAUAGGCAGCGGGAUUGGAGGUUUGACAGCAGCAGCGCUUUUGUCCAAAGCCGGGAAGAGGGUUGUAGUUCUUGAGCAACAUGAUCAGGCUGGAGGCUGCACACACACCUUUCACAAUAAGGGAUUUGAGUUUGACGUGGGUAUCCACUACCUGGGCCAGCUUCACGAGAACAGCCUGCUGAGGGUUGCUCUGGAUCAGAUUACAGAGGGACAGUUGCAGUUCACACGGCUGGAGCAGCACUUUGACACACUGAUCCUAGGUCAGCCUGACCAGUGCAGGGAGUACCAUAUCCAUGCAGGGAAGACUGAGAUGGCAGAUAGCCUGAAGCAGCAGUUCCCAGGAGAGGAGGGGGCCAUUGAUGAGUUCAUGAGAUUGAUGAAGUUAUGUUCACGGCGGACGCCACUUAUUGCCAUCUUGAAGAUCAUACCUUAUUGGCUGGCAAACUUCCUGGCUCGAACCGGCCUAUUAGAUUGCAUAUCUUCAGUGUUCCGCCUAGCAACAACCAGCCAUUCUGAAAUAAUGUCAGGCCUCACACAGAACAAGGACCUGCAGGCACUGUCAGCCUACCUGUUCUAUGGUGUCCCUCCUAAAGAGUCCAGCUUUCUCAUCAAUGCUCUUCUUCUUCACCACUACAAGCGUGGUGCGUACUACCCACAAGGGGGUGCCAGUGAGUUUGCCUUUCACAUCAUCCCUGUCAUUCAGCAGGCCGGCGGUGCUGUGUUAGUCAGGGCUCCUGUACAACGCAUCCUGCUCAACCAGCAAGGGAAGGCCUAUGGUGUGACAGUACUUAAAGGACAAGAAGUUAUUGAGGUUCAUGCCCCUGUUGUCAUUUCCAACGCUGGAAUCUUCAACACCUUCCAGAAGUUUCUGCCUCAACCCAUACAGGACAGACCAGAGAUCCAGUCACUGUUGGGUUUGGUGCGUCACGGUAUGGGUUCCUUCUUGGUCUUUGUUGGUCUGGAUGGAACCAAAGAGGAGAUGGGCAUUGUUUCCACCAACUUCUGGAUGUAUAAAGACAGUGACUUGGACUCACUUAUGAAGCGUUACUCUUCUCUGAGCAGAGAUCAGAUAUUGGGUAACAUUCCAAUGAUGUUCAUCACCUUCCCAUCCGCUAAAGAUCCUACAUCCGACAUCAGACAACCAGGUAAGUCCUGUAUGACGUUGCUAACCAUGGCUCGCUAUGAGUGGUUUCAGGAGUGGGAGGAGACAAAGCUUGGCAAGAGGGGACAGGACUACCUGGAUUUGAAAAAUAGCAUGGCCCAAGAGAUGCUGGACUGGGCACUAACAAUCUUCCCCCAACUGCGAGACAAGGUGGUGAUGAUGGAGGCUGCCACGCCUCUAACUAAUGUCCACUAUUUGGGCGCUCCGAGAGGUGAGAUGUACGGAGCUGAACACAACUUGGAGCGCUUCACCCCAGAUACGGUUGCUAGGAUGCGACCACAGACACCGAUCACUGGACUCUACCUAACAGGUCAAGACGUAUUCUGUAACGGAUUGGCUGGGGCGCUACAUGGCGGCCUACUCUGCGCCUCAGCUGUCCUUGAUCAGAUCCUCUACAUUGACCUUCUUGCCCUGAAGACCCGCAUCAAAAAACAGACCAAUCAGAAAAAGAUGACAUAGCAGCUGAUUCCAGAUGUACAGAAAAAGACAAAGGAGAAAAAGAGAGAGAAACAGAUUUGGACCAAAAAGUGCUGUAAUGUAGUAUGUAUUGUACAACUUUUUUCACAUACUAGUAGUACUUCCCAACACCUGUAAACAGACUGUGAUGUGUUAAAGGUUGAAGGUUGAGCUAUAGGCUUAUUAUACAAGACUGCUAAUUGUUCUUUGUACAUUGAGUAUUGUCACACCCUUUUAACAAUCAUUUAUGUAUUGGCUGGUGUACAAGAGCUAAACUGUCAUUUAGUCUUUGUUCUUUGGUUAGUAGCCACACAUUUUAUGUUGUUGUUUUUUACCAAUGAAAAGCCUACUGCUACAUGACUGUGAAUUUAAGUUUUUUUAAACAUAUUUUGCUUUUCUAAUCUGAUAUCAACCCUUGUACACCAUCCGGUAAACAAAGAAAAGCAUAACGGGUCCAAACGAAGAAGAACAAAUAAUGUAAAUAAAGAAAAAAAUCAGUAGACUUUUAAGUUUAUGUUUGAGUGCUUUGAACCAGGUGUAUUCCAUAGAACAAGAAGGAAACAAAUUGGUCUACAUUCAUUGUUUGAAAGUUGCUGCUUUUAAAAUGGAAUAGAAGGUUAAGCUAAAUAUCAACAUCGACAUGUGUAAUAUGUGUCAUGUCUGUGACAUGCAGAUUUCUGCAGGCUAGACUAUCUGUCCAAUCUGAGGACUAUGGUUACCUGGUCCUCAGAUCUCUGCAGGGUAAAUCCAGACAUCUAGCUAGACUAUCUGUCCAAUCUGAGGACUAUGGUUACCUGAUGUUGAAAGCCAUGCAUAAGACAGUUUACAUAAUCUUAUAAAGCCCAAAAGUUCAUAAACGUAACUGGUGAAAUCACAGUAGUAAUUCAUCAAAUGCAUCAUCUGCGCUACAGUUAUUACAUAUUGCAGUUUCUAUUACACAAAAGCAGUAGAUUGUGUUAUAUGGUAAAGCAAUAUAGACAUCAAAUUCUGAUUCUUAAUGCUUAAAUAACUUAAGCAAAGUUACCAUACAUUAACAGCCAUGGCAACAAAUGACUUAUAAUUUCAGCAAAAAUCAAAGCAGAAUAGGCUGCAGGAGAAACUACUUUCUUCCCCACACGUAGACAAUUACCACUAGACACCCUCCUCCAAGGGCGGCCCAACCGGGGUUGAUCAAAUCCCGGCGUGUGUCCCAUAGCCAAUUCAAUUUUUCUCCUGUAUUACAGUCUGUUUUGAAGAGUAUUUAAGAUGUAUUUCCUUGUUUGACACAGAAUAUUAGUGUAUUUAAAAAGACUUGUUUAAGAGAUAUUGAUGUUUUUACGCAAAAGAAUUAGCAUAUUCUUAGGUAUAUUUGUGUUUAAAAAUUAGAUUUGAAGUAAUUAUUUUAAGGUAUUGAAAGUACAAUGAUCAUUGAUUUUGACU